UCCGUCGAUUCAGUUGGCAAUCGAGUGUCGACUAGGCUGUACCGUCUGCAGUGGCAUCCGCAUCUAUAUCCAUAUAUAUAUCCAUACAUAUAUAUAUACAUAUAUCCCGCAUAGAAUACCCGAUUUUGUGGCCUGACUCUACGUGGUUUUAGUGAAUUUACGUGUGUGUUUUCCUUGUGCAGUUGAAAAGUUUUCCACAUCCAUAAGCUUCUACGCUACGAAGAAAACAAGUAAGAGAAAGAGAAAGAAACAGAAACAGAAGAAGACAAGACAAGAAAACAGCGUACAAACAAGUAACAGAAACAAAUACAAAAAUAAUUAAAUAAAAGACUGAGCAACGUUCAAGCAAAUCCAAGGAACAAAAACCAACAGCAACAUAAGCAAUCUCCCCCACAAAACGUCUCUCUAACUGUGAAACUAGGCCCACAAAAAAAAAUCCGAGUGGAAAAGCGCAACUUUGAUCUCAGCAACCCCGCACCGCGCAACCAAGAAGCAAUACAACAAUAAAACAAAAGAAGAGCCAGCGCACUUUACCGCCGGAUUAGCCGCAUUAACCCCGUAUAAUGUUAAGCAGCCUCGCCUCGUAUCUCUUUGGAUCAGCCACAUCCGAUUCCAUUAGCCAAGAAGCCAAGCCCGCCCAGAACCAACCCAACGCCUCGUCCAACUCCAACUCGAAUCCCGGCCCGACCAGCGAUCCCGCGGCUGGCGAUGUAAUUGAGGUCACCUCCUCGACGCCCUCGGUAGCGGGCAGCAAUCGUGGCGUGGUACGCGCCGCCAACGGCAAGCGGGGCAAGAACAGGCAUGGCAAGCAGCAGCAACGGUCCAAUCUGCAGCAGCAGCAGCAGCGGAAGCAGCAGCCAGCGAUCACCAAGUUGCUGACGCCCGCGGGCGAGAUCACCGACGAGGACUUCGACGAGGACGAAUGGUACAUUGUGGAGAACGAUGUCGAGGAGUACGACUCCCUGCCGCGCAGCGACUCCGAGGAGGAGCUCUCCGUGGUGGAGGUGUCGCAGCCGCGUCCCUCUCCAUUGGUAACGGUGCCCACUGGCACCACAGCGGCCAGCUGCCGCCGCCGGCAGGGCGUCAACUCGUAUUCACUGUACAGUGGGCCGCGGCCGCAGCAGCAGCGCAACUAUCUGCAACGCUCGCGCGUCUCGAGGCCGCUGAGCAUCAGCACCCUCAGCCCGCCCAGAAGUGUGCCCGCCCUGGGGGCAGGUGAUCCUGACACUCUGACCCAGUCGCUGUACGUGGCCUCGCCGAGCGGCAGUGACCAGAGUCAGGGUGCUAACGUGCUGAUGGAGGAGUCCUGGUACGUAACACCGCCACCAUGCUUCACCUCGAUUGGGCCAAUCAAUAUGGAAACAUCACCAUUUGAGAAUCUAUUGAUUGAGCAUCCAAGCAUGUCCGUUUAUCGUAGUAUUAGGUCCACCCAGGAGGGAACCGAAAGUUUUGUUAAUCUUGAUCUCGGGGUGUCGGCGGAGGUGCCGCAGCAGCGGGAGGAGCCCGAGCCGCAGGCUGAGGAGCCGCAGGAGCAGCGCCAGGUGCUCCAGGAGCAGCGUGCCACCAACGCUCGCUUCGAUCGCCAUGCGGCCGCCCAGCUGAAGCAGCAGACGCUGGCUCGUCAGAGCCAGAAGAGCAACAACAAGAAGCAGCACCAGCAGCUCUGCCGCAGUGCCAUCAAGCGGGCCAACAAGGUGCGCGACUUCCAGGCCAAGGCCAACCGCCCGCGCCGCUCGGAGAUGCAGCACUGCAAGCUGGUCAGCGGCGCCAACAACAACCGCAGCAAGUGCUGCUACUAGGCGUGCACCACCACCCAAAACCACCCAACACACAACACACAACACCACCACCACCACCAUUACGCCUCCAGUGCCCCAAGAGCGCCGAAGGAGGAGCAUUACAAUCAUGGCAGGCGACGCGAUUUUAAUUAGUAUUUUAACCCAAAACCCAAAAUCCCCCGAAAAGGAAACGAGGAAAAUUCGCUUAAGAAAAUUGCCACAAAAAUAUCAAAAAAUCUAGCAGCUACAAGAAACGCAUAUGUUUAAUUAACUAAACUUAACAAUUACUUGUGUAAACACGAAAAACAAAAGCCACAAAAAAAAUUUUAAUAUCUGUGUAAAUGCGUAGGUUUUAACGUUUGCCGUUUCAAUUUCAAAACUUAUAUGAAAAAUACCAAAAAAAAAUGCAAUAAAAUUUUCAAAAUGAUUAUGCAAAAAAAAACCCAUAAGAAAAAACACAAACAUGAAAAAUGACAAAAAAGAGCAUGUAUAAAAUAAGCAACAGAAACGAUUUUGUUAAUGUAGCUAUAAAAAACUAUUUUAUUUAUUUAACAAUCAAAAACACACACACCCACGAUUACUUUACGGUAUGUUUUGCAAAAGUUUAUGUUUAUUUGUGUGAUCAGUCUCGGAAAAUCGAUUCAGAUCGAUUGGAGUUUGUAUGAAUUUCUGUGUGUGUAAAGUGUAUGCUUAUCGACAUGUAGGAUGUAUUGUAUUAAACCCCUGGCACCAGAUCCAAUGUUCUAUUGUAUGCCUGAUUAUGUUGGAAAUGCGCGUGCGUAUGUAUGAAACAAAAAUGUGUGAGAAGGGGUUAAAAAGAUUUAAAAAAAAAAACAUAUAUAUAACAGAAGGAAAAAAUCACAAUAAAAAUAAUUCUGCUAAACUUUAA